GCCCCCCCCCCCUUUUUCCAGCCUCUGCCCACCUCCAAACUCGCCGGAAUCGGCCGGGUUAACUCAUGGUCCCCCUUUUCCUUCUCUCUUUUUUCACGUGGCCUGAAAAAUAACCGAUUUUGAUUCGAAUCCGCGUCUUGUUUUGCUCUCUCACACGUGAAUCUCUUUCAACGGUAGAUGAUGGACGAAGGGUAGGAUAUGAUUAAUAAAAUUAAUCAUACCCCUCCAUUUGUCCAGAUUUUUACCAAAAAGAAGGAGAUUUUCAAAAUUUUAGUGGAAUUUUCGGAUUUUUGAAGGAUUUUUGCGAUUUCUUGCAAAGGAAGAAGAGAAGCUUCGGGAGAGGGCUAUAUAUUUGUGUCUGGACAGAGAUUGUGUGUGUGGGGGGGGGUUCUUCGAAGUGGGUUUUUCCUUUCAUCAUUCUAUUUUUCAGAUUUUUCGUGUGUUUUGGCUUUAAUUCAAAAAAAAAAAAAAAGAUUUUCUGAUUACUUAUUUUAAUUUCGGACUUCUGUUUCCUCUUCCAACAUUUUGGUUGUGAUUCUUAAAUAUGGAGUUAAACUGAAAUGUUGAGGAGUCGAGGUUUGCCUGCCGGUUCGGAGUUUGCAGUUCUAAUUGGGUGUUCGCUAACCCAGUCGCUGUUAUUUUGUUCUAUUUCCUGUUCGAGUUCGGUUGUCGAAGUUCUAACGAAGUUGUAAUCGUUGGAGAAUUGAAUAUAUUGGAAAGCUGUGAUUUCAGGUAUGGAACCGCUGGUUCGAUCCAAAGUGCUGAUGGUAGUAAAGAUUCCUAGGAAAUUAAUCAGGUGGUGGAAAAUGUUUUCAUUGUUAGAGCAACAUGAGUUAAUGCACAAAUUGGGCACCCUAACUUCCCUUUUUGAUAUCACACCUCGCCCAAACAUAGUGGAGGCGAUGCUGACUUAUUGGGAUCCGCAAAAUUUGAUUUUCAGAUUUGGAGAAUGUGAGAAAACCCCUACCUUGGCAGAAAUGUCUGGUCUCACUCGUUUAAGCUAUAUAGGCAAGGACAUGAUACUUCCCCGAGACCAUUCUAGGACAAGACUCCUCAGCAACCUGGGCCUGAAAGAUAACAAGCAUUUAAAAUGCCUCGAGCAGUCUUGGAUAUCCUUGGAUUAUUUGUUUGCUAGAUUUGGACCACAAGAUAGUUUUGACGUCUUUUGGGAUGAGUUCUGCACAACUAAGGCAAAGUGGCAAAGACGUCGCCUCGAAGCUUUCAGCCUUGCUUUGUUGGGAUUAUUGGUUUUUCCAUUAGAUGAGAGGCACAUUAGCACCCCUCUACAGUCAGUGGUAAUGGCAUUAUUUCAUGAGAAGCAAUGCAAAACCGUUACCGUUGUGCCGAUGAUCUUAGCAGAGUUGUACCGAGCCCUGAAUGAGGUUAUAGGAUGUAUAUGGUAUUUUGAGGGAAGUAACCUUUUGCUACAAUUGUGGAUGAUGGAGAAUUUGCACACCGCUUCCUUACUUUGUCCUAUCGAUCGUGCCUUGAGGGAUCGGGUAGUAUGCAUCGAGCGUAGGAUGAAAUCUCCUAAGUUUACAUACCCAAUAGGCGUCACAUCUUGGAUUGAGUUCCUUGGUUCGAGGACAAAUGGGAAUGUUUUGUGGGCUUACCUUUGGCUACCUUUAGAUGAUAUCUUGGUAGGAUGCCUCAUGCAGCCUUUCCUGAUGCUGAUAGGACUCAAGAGUGUCAGGUCGUACACUCCCGUUAGGAUAAUGCGAUAGUUGGGCAUAAGACUAGAGGAGCCUCCAACUUUAAAUCUUCGGAGACACAUCAUGAAUUUUAGCAAAAAAGCGGCUGACGAAAUCAAGUACGUGCAAUACUGGAACAAUGCAAAGAGGAUGAAGAAAAUUACAUUAGUAGAGGACGUUGGCAGGCCCGAGUGUACUCAGGAGUACCUGAUUUGGUUACAGUCCGUCCCACCAGGGGUCAGCACCCCAUUGCCAGCACAACUUAGGGGUCGGGCAGUUCAGACAGAUGAUUUUGAGGAGGCAUCAGACCAAGAUCCUUGGGAUAAGCUUGAGUUAAUAAAGUCUCCAUUAACGGGAUUGGUAGCAAACGUGGAGCAACAUGGCCAGUAUUUGUUUAGGGUCGCCCUUCAGGAUGCGGGGGCACACGCCAAGGCCUUUAUUUCCGGCAUCGGUGUUUCUUUAUGAGGCAUAUUACAGAGUUUGAGCAUGACGGACAGCCCAGGACCAUCCCAACCAGGACCGUCGCAUUCAGGAGCAGCUUGAGGAGUCAUUCUAUUUAGGUGUUUUGAGAUUGUCUUAUGUUGUCUUUUACUUUCGUGUCUUGUCUAGGAGUACCAAGUCCUUUAGGUAGUGUCAAAGUUUGUCGUAGUGUAGUUGAGUCUGUCAUGUCUUUCAUUAUCGUACUUCCCAUUAUAUUUUAAUAUCGAAAAGUUUUUAAAUGAAAAUCCCAAAAAGAUUUUAUUUUAUUUUCUACCACUCUUCCAGAACUACGCUUGGUCUGAUUCAUGAGGGACAUGAU